CUAAAAUAUCAAGUUUCAAAACGAAACUACAAAUACUAUACUUUGACUCGGCUCCCUAAGUAAGUCACGCGUGUUAUCGCGAUAGUUCCAACAACUGAUGCUUUGAGUCAUAUCUAUGCUUUGCUUUCAGUAUUCAUCUUCUCUUUCAUUACCGGCGGUUUUAGGCAACCCCAGGAUGGACUCAAAGGCAGAGAUUCUGGAGGAGACCUUAGAGAUGCUUUUGAAGGGUGAAGGACUCGAGAUGAGAGAGUUUGAUUCAGUCCCUGAACAAGUGAAGCCUGUCAUACUGAGGAAAAGUGUGUGUUACAUUGUCAGCGGAGUUAUCUUCAACUCAAAGGAUGAGGUGUUAAUGGUUCAGGAGGCAAAGACGGAGUGUUAUGGCAGAUGGUAUCUCCCUGCGGGACGCAUGGAGGAGCGUGAAAGCAUUAUAGAGGCGCUGCAGAGAGAGGUCAAGGAGGAGGCAGGAAUAGACUGCCAGCCAAUCACACUGCUGAUGGUUCAAGAACAAGGACCAAAGUGGGUUCGCUUCGUCAUCCUUGCAGAGGAAAAAGGAGGCUCUCUAAAGACAACAGCAGAAGCAGAUUCUGAAUCCCUUCAAGCUCAGUGGUGGGACCGCGAGUCCCCACUUCCUCUUCGCGCACCUGAUGUACUGCCCCUCAUUGAAGCUGGAAUCAAAUAUCGCCGAAAUCCCUCAUUUCCUACAUUACAACCUGUUGACCUCCCAUGUCACGUUAUCUGCCAAAGACUUUUCGUCACAUUCAUCUCCAGCAACGGUAGCAAUGAGCCCCGUCUGUGGCUGCUUGUGAGCAGCAAUGAUGCCACUCCUCAUCCCAGUCUUCCUAUAGCAGUAUCAGUUGAUACAUACAACACAAUACCAUGGGCUGCACACAGGCUGAUUAAGGAGUGCAUUCCUUCGUCAUCCAUACAUGUUCAAACAUGUGGCAUUCUUGGAGUGCAACACAACGGGAGAAUUCCAGGGAAAACAGACGGGAUCUGCUUCAACAUGCUUGUGCUGUUGGAAAAUGUAGAGGAUGGGGCUGAAAUCAGCAGCCCACCACCAUUGGAGGGUGAUGCUUACAGAUGGCAUGACGUGACCAAUCCGAGUCUGAAGGCAAAGAUAAUACAGAGAAUUAAAGAAAAAUCUGUUCUGCCUGUUCAGAGUCUAUAGUGAUGCUCUGUCACCCUAGAAGAGGAUCAGGACAUAACGAAGGCCAGAACUGAACCUGCAUUUUCCAUUAGAGCACCAAAGCUCAGUGUGUCUAAAGCUUGUUCAGUGGCCAUACAAACCUCUUUGGCGUCUGCACUUUGUUUCGGUAUAAUGUUACUAAGAAUUAAUUCUAAUAUACACUGAUACACAUCCAGUAUACAAUCACUAUAUAAUCUAUUUAAAAAAACUAAAAUAGUUCUGAAUUUGUAACCCUUUGUGAAAAGGAAAUGUGCUUAAUUGUAUUGAUUGCACAUUGUAGUGUACUUCAAAUAUUAAAACACAUACUAAUACUA